CAUGAGGAGAAAAUAAGAGCACAUUCCAGUUUCAGAUUUGUUUGGCGUUCCAGACCAGAGACGAUGAAACUGCUGCUGAUCUUCCUGGCUUUGCUCUGUGCGGGACACGCUGUGGAACAAGAUCUCUCAGAGAAGGUUUUUGUCUUCCCAGUGAGCAGUGCUAAUUCUUAUGUUAAGCCCAUUGCCACUUUGGAGCAGCCCCUCACUGCUGCAACCAUGUGCAUGAGGUACUUCUCUUCGCUCACCCGAGCCCAGACCCUGUUCUCCCUGGCCACCCCGGCUCAGUCUAACGCCUUCCUUCUCUACAAGCCCUCUGUUGGUGUGUACCGACUGCACAUCAACGGGGCGCCUCUUGAUGUCCCUGGGCUCCCUGAUCAAACUGAUGAGUGGAACUCUGUCUGCUGGACGUGGGACUCCAACAACGGCUUGAACACGGUGUGGGUCAACGGAAAGAGAAGUGGUCGGAAAAUUCUGGGAGCCAAAGCAUCCAUUACUGGUGUUCCCAUCAUCAUUUUGGGUCAAGAUCAGGAUAGCUACGGUGGAGGCUAUGACCAGGCUCAGUCCUUCGUUGGGGACAUCACGGACGUCCACCUGUGGAACAGCGCCAUCUCUCCGUGUGAAAUCAAGUUGUACAUUGAAGGUAGCGCCUUCACCCCUGGAAACCUUCUGAACUGGAAAAAUCUGCGCUACUCCACCACCGGCUCCGUGUACGAGGAGCAGAGUGACUUUGACAAACUGGCGUGUUUUUAGUUUAUCUAACAGGUAUCAGGAUGCAAAGUUCAACCAAACCAGUGGAGAAAAUCUAUCAGUCUUGAAGACCUUGUUUAGGAAAUAAAGUCUUCCAGCAACUUUGA